ACUGACACAUUUACAUUACCUGCGUCGUGCAGUUUUCAGCAGACUAGUCUUAUUGCACUCCAAGUAGGUGGAGAGUUUUUUCAACAACUUCCUAAAUAUUACAGCUGAGCUGAAAAGGUUCAUCAUAUCAAGAAAUAAGUAUCAUACCUGUGGAGGGAAAAUGAUGAUCCCAGAAGAAAUUAUGUUCAUUUUGCUGUUGGCUAACUUGCAGUCAACCAGAAAUGCUGGUGUCAAUGCGCUAAGUAUCCCAGCCACUACAAGCAGCUUAAAUAACACAACCAUGAGUUCUACUAUAUUAUAAUAAUCAUCCAAUAAACCUGUAACUUCUGGAAGAACUCCUUACGUAACUCUUACAUCACCAGACACUGAUGACAAUGCAGCAAAAAAUACGGUGAUGGAAAGCAGUACCCAAAGCAGCAGUGUGACACCCCUUAAUACUUGGAUAUCUUCAACGGUACUUCAGCUGAAUCUUACAACAAAAGAUUCAAAUCAGACUUCUGCAAGAAUCAAUGGAACAUCUUCUCCUUCGGAGAUGCCUACAGUCAGCAGUGGCCUGUCCACAAUCUCUGAAAACUAUUCAGUCACAACUUAUAUCAAUUCAACAGAUAAAGCAUUGAACAACUCUACCACAGCCAACUAUAAUGUCAGUUCUACCACCAUAGUCUCUUCUAAUGGAACUCAAAUUAAUGGCAUAACAGUUCAUCCUACCAGUAGCAUGCCAAAACAUCAACCAUGUCAUCAGGUACUAAGAUCAACAGUGUUACAACAGAUUCGGAUAAGUUUGCAAACCACAAGUCUGCACUCCAGUUUUACUGAUGGUUCUGCAGAAGCAAGAGAACCCCAAAAAGAAAACCGUAGUAAUGGAGCUGUAGUGUUUGGUGCAAUAGUAGCGGUUCUAGGGUCUGCAUUAAUCUCUCUGGUGGGGUAUUUCAUGUGUGGGAAGAGAAAAACUGACUCAUUUGCACAUCAGCGACUUUAUGAUGACAUGAGGAAUGAUCCAGUUCUGCGACUAGACAACGUGCCUGAGCCUUAUGGUGCAAACUUUGGAAAUCUGUCAUACUACAGCCCUACAACAGUCAACGAGACAGCAGCCCAGAGCAACAAAGAAUCUCCCUAUGAUGCAAUUCAAAUGAAUGACAUGUCCACACCACAACCUUCAGCACAGUAGUGUGAAUAACUUGUGUCAAAACAAAACACCUCAUAUCCAUGGUUUCUUCUUCUUCUUGAGGAUUUUUUUGUGGCACCAGCCCUCUGCCUGUUGAGAUGUACAGUUUUCAAUAAUCUAAUGGAGGCAAUGCUUGUUGGCCACAUUUACGAAUUUAUAUGCCCCUAAUUUCACUUUUGUGUGCAUUGUGUUUUGGAUGGUUCACAUAUCAAUGCCCUUUACUGAGUGGUCAAUUCCAGUGCUAACACACAGGUCCAAACUGAUUCCAUGGCAAAGAAUUGUGCUUUAUACAAAGCAAUAAGAACAUUCUUUCUACCUACAUUUUUGGAUCUGUAGUAUGUCACUGACACAAAUAGGGUACCAGUGCUAUUCUCUCAUCAGUUAAUGACUUUCCAUGUGUGAACCAAUUCUCAGUUCAUGUCUUUCUUCAUCUGUUUCAUUUGUAUUAUUUAACUAAAGUCUUAACUAUCUAACUCAAUUUGUUACCACUAGAAACGAUAGGACUAGCUCUGAAAAAGCUUAGACGACUUUGAAAAGAUCACAGAGGAUAGCUCUUUAUGUAAUAGUUCACUGUGAUAGCAGAAUGCAUUUCCUAUGCUCACAGUCAGUAUGUUUAGACUGCCAGAUGCUGGACAUAAACAAGAGAGGAUGCCUGGCUUGUCAACUUCCAUGACCAUCUGCUUGGCUGUUGCUAGAAUGUUGGACUGGAUGGACUUUUGACUAUUUUAGCAAAUCAAUUAUGGCAUGCAUGUUGUUUUUACUCUAGGGCAAAUGCCAUGAAUGGGGAAAAAGUGGGGGAGCCAAUUAUGUUCUACAAAUGCAAAAAUCACUUAAAUCAAGGAACUGGCACAGAGGUGGAAGUAGGGUUGGGUUUUUGUUUUUUGUUUUUUUGCCCAGGGGCCACAUUACCUUCUGGGCAACAUUCUGGGGUCUACAUGGCAAUGGUGGAUGGAGAAGCAGAGCUGGUUCUCCCCAUCUUGCCAAAAAGCAACAUUCUGGCCUCAGUUCAGAUUAGCACUAUAUUAUAGGAAUGCAUUCAGUUGCACAUAGAAAGAAAUGCAUUGUGAAAUAUGAAUGUGCAUUAGAAUGCACAAUUUGGCAUGAAUUUAAGCUGGAGAUCAGAAUGUAAAUUCUGCCCAUCUGCAGUGCAUGAGUUUCAUUGGGAUGCUCACAUCCCUGUCCUCAUUUUGCCACUUGUCAACAAAGUGUGACUGGCCUGGCCAAUGAACAACCAGCCCAGAUGUCCGGGCAAAGAGGCUGUCUUUUCUCUUACUGCAACACCAAUCUGAAUGCCACAGUCUCAACAAAAAUGGCAUUUUUCAGCUUUCAAUUUAAUGCAAGAUCCUAUUGGCAUCAGAAGUGGUUUCAGCUGAAACGCAAAUAGAAGGCUUGGAGUAGUUAUUGUCUGGACCCAGGCGGAGAAUCAAAGGGCCCUCCCCAUU